CCUGAAUCGGCCUGGGGCGAUAUACGCCAUCUAUACGUGCAAACUGACGAAGCCGACAUGCAGAACUUUCUAGUGACGCACGAUUUGAGUCGCAUAGAGUCCCUGCACGUUCGCGCAACGAGGAUCACCUCGAGCCUUGCGCUCAUCUUGCGCAGCACUCCGCGCAUCCACACACUCGAUCUCGCGUACCUGUACUUCAGGACAUUUCCCAAGAACAUAGCGGUCUCAAUGAACUACCCACUGCAGCCGCUUCCUCGAUUUCCUCAGCUAGUGUCACGGCCCCGUGUCGUGCGCUAUUGCUCACGCCUCGAUCUUGUACACGAAAUAGCCACGGACGUGGAUUGGAUCGAGAAGGCGCGCGCUACACGCUACCCUUUCGCGACAUUGCUGCAUGAGCUCGACAUCUCGCAGGUUGAGCAGCUCGAAAUCAGCGCGGAAUCGCUAGCCCUGCCGUGCGCUGUGGCAUAUACAUGGUCGUCGCUCCGAGUUCUCGUCAUCACUGGGUUUUGGAUAUCCAACGAUUCCGAGACACCGCUCGAUGACGCUCGGUUGAAGACGCCGGCAUCCAUAUACGAGCAUGUACACCUGGGAACUCUGAUCAAUGCGACGCCCAACCUCCGCAUCCUGCGCAUUCGCUGGCGGUACAUCUUCCUUCCUGAACCGCGGCGGACGGUAUGGCCUCCUAGCGAUGUUUCGCAUCUAAAAACCUUCGGCGGCGCAUUGGAGGUGUUCGAGCUCUAUAACCCUUCUGUAUUGGAUGGUGUGUACACGCGACUGCCCCAAACGUUGCGUUCGCUCUCUCUACUUACGCAUCCGCACGGUACACAUGGGACCAACAUGCUCAAGGAGUACGAGCUGCACGAGGUCAACAUCGCGAAUCCAUACAUCGCGGUUCUCAGACCCCUGGAUAUCGAGCGCAUCUUGACCUUAACGGAGCUGCCCUGUCUACACGACCUGCGACUCUCAUUCCGGGGCCAGGAGGGUACUCGUCUCUUCAACUUCAUUGCGGAGACUUUUCCCCUUCUUGAGAUUUUGGAGCUGCAUGCAGAAACCGGCCCGGGAUGCAUCUGGCAAACGCCUCAAUUGACUGCGUGCGCCCGAGCUCUGUCCCCGCUUUCACGAUUGCGGUCGCUGAGACUGAAUACUUUUCGGCGGGUGCUAUCGCAAGAGCAGUGGAUGCAAUGUCAAGAGCGCAUGUACUUCCACGAAACCCUUGAGCAGAAAGCACGAUUUGGCAUCCUCCGCGCCGAAGUCGUCGCCGCCCUAUUUGGCGAAGAAGGCAGCGGCGAUGCCAAACCUAGCUAUUCCCGUUGGCCUCGACUGCAGGAUGUAUGGCUACCUCAGGCGUACGGCGAUAUGGACUAUCUAUGUAGGAUUUGGCAAAUAUUUGACGUGGAACGUGGUCGCGAUGGGCGGCCAGACCUUUGUGGAUCAAACUCGGAAGUUGAACUUGUGCACGUGAUCGUGCAACUUCUUUCGGCAAUACCCGCAGAAUGCGGGACGUCAGGCGUCCGCAGCGCACAGCUUGCCCUCUCGGAGUUCUCAGACGUCAACGAGAUUGCCCCGACGUUUUCUGCGUUGCCGAUGGACAUGGUAUAUGAGGUUCCAGAUAAUCUCAUUUUCUCGCACCUCCACCCUUCCGACCUCUUCAAUCUGAAGCGCACAUCGAGUGCAUUUCGCGACGCGCUGGCGACCAGGCGUGCGACUUCGGUGUGGCAAGCGUGUCUGGCGAACGUGCCAGACCUUCCGCCCGUGCCGCCCGAGUAUGACUGCUUGGAGUACGCGGCGAGGGUGUUCGGGGACCAAUGUACGUACAUAGCGGCCAGCUUCCCGCGACUGGAAGUCCUCGAAUCCCACGCCGAACGCAGCCCUGGAUACCUCUGGUCAGCGAGCGACCUGUCGUUGACGAGCACAAUUCGGGGUGUGCUUUCUCAAAGAGAGAUCGCUGCCGCUCUGUUUGGCGAUACCACCGCGGCAGAUGGACCAGCGCGUUUUCCGGCCUUUUGCGAGUUGUGGUUAUCAGAUAGUAUUCUGGUCAUCCGAAAUGUUCUCUCGUUGAUUCGGAGAAUGUGGGAGGUGUAUGUUGUGGAGCGGGAUAGCCCCGCCGGGCGGGUGGAUAUCCGCCUUGAGGACGGGUGGAUAUCCGCCUUGAGGAUGAGUCUAGGGAGUGGGGUUCUGGAUUAUCACUACGGUCUGGACGAUCAUCACUACGGUCUGAACGAUCAUUACUACGGUAAGAACGAUCAUCACUACGGUCUGGACGAUCACGGUAGGAUGUCGAGCGGGGAGGCGUAG